AUGCGGCUGCCGCACGCCUCCGACCUCCGCGCCUUCCUCGCGGCUGCCGCCGUCGCGCACCUCUCCUCCUCCAGGGCCUCCCGCGCCUCCCCGUGCGCGCCCCCGCCACCUCCGCGGUUCUGCGCGUUCGCCUCCUCCCGCGCCUCGCCGCCGCCCUCCUCGCCCUCGCAAACGGGAGCAGUCGCCUCCGCCUCCGCCUCCGCCUCCGCCGCUGCCGCCGCCGCCGCCGCAGCAACCUGCGAGCAUGUGGUGGAGAAGCCCGCUAUAUGCACGGCCGACGAGCUGCACUACGCGCCCGUUCCGGGCACCGAGUGGCGGCUCGCGCUCUGGCGGUACCGUCCGCCGCCUGAGGCGCCGAAGAGGAACCACCCGCUGAUGCUGCUGUCUGGAGUGGCCACCAACGCCAUUGGGUUCGACCUGUCCCCUGGGGCUUCAUUUGCUCGUCAUAUGUCCAUGCAAGGAUUUGAUACAUGGAUUGUUGAAGUGCGUGGUGCUGGCCUGAGCAUGCGUGGAUCAGAACUAGCUGCAGCUAACACCAAGUCUGACAUCACCCCUGGUCCUAAUUUGGAUGAAAGUUCUACAACAAAAGCAAUUGUUGCUAUUCCUGCUGAGAAUAUGUUCACUUCUCAACAUCAAAUUUCUGAAGUUCCAGUAAUAGCAGAUAAGAACAUGGUAGGAACAAGUAUAUCAGAAGAACCACAGCUGGUGACAAAGUUGGCAAAUGCUUUGGCACAAUUGGGUGAAAUAUUCUCUGGUUAUGUAAAAGAUAGCCAGCUGAAAAACAUAGCUGACAGUUUUUUUGAUCGAGUGUCAGAACUUGCUCCCGAUGCCUCCUUAGCUAGCCUUGAGGAGGUUUCAGAAAGAAUUUUAGGUUUAUUGGAAUUGCCACAGACAUCAGUGAUAUCUGAUCAAAUUAGCAAUUUAAGUCAGCGCCUUGUGAAGAUUCUGGGGGAAGGCCAACAAAAUGUUUCCCCUAAGCUGUUUGGCUGGCAAGAACGCCUCUCCGCAACCAUAGAAGAUCUGCAGAAACAAUUGGAGCUUAUUAUAAGCUAUGAUUGGGACUUUGACCAUUAUCUGGAGGAGGAUGUACCUGCUGCGAUGGAUUACAUAAGAAAACAGAGUGUACCCAAGGAUGGCAAAUUGCUUGCCAUUGGUCAUUCCAUGGGAGGAAUCUUAUUGUAUGCGAUGGUUUCAAAGUGUGGAUCCCAAGGGGCUGAGCCAGAGCUGGCAGCAAUUGUUACUUUGGCUUCAUCAGUCGAUUACACAACAUCCAAUUCCUCACUCAAGUUGCUAUUGCCAUUUGCAGAUCCAGCUGAGAUGUUGCGUGUUCCUGCUAUCCCACUAGGAGUAUUACUGUCUACUACCUAUCCUAUAUCAUCUCGUGCACCAUAUAUUCUGUCACUGCUUCGCUCUCAAAUUUCAGCCAAGGAAAUGAUGGACCCUGAACUGCUUUCAAAGCUUAUCUUGAAUAACUUUUGCACAGUACCAGCAAAGGUUUUGUUACAGCUUACGACCGCAUUCCGUGAUGGCGGUCUGCGCAACAGGACUGGUACUUUUUUCUUCAAAGAGCAUCUGAACAAAAUCAAGGUCCCUGUGCUUGCCCUUGCUGGAGAUGAGGAUCUGAUUUGUCCCCCAGAAGCUGUUUACGAAACUGUGAAGCUAAUUCCUCAGCAUUUGGUUACAUACAAGGUUCUCGGAGAACCCGAAGGCCCUCACUAUGCACAUUAUGACUUAGUUGGAGGGAGAAAGGCUGUCCAUGAAGUAUACCCAUGUAUAAUAGAGUUCCUCUCUCAACAUGACGAAGUGUCUUCUUGAGUUUUUGUCAUUCGUAUCUGUAAUUACAAUGUUCAAGACCACGUCGAAGUACAUAGUAAAAUCGCCAGAGUGGAACUAGGCCAUAGCAGGAGAAGCACUGCGGGGACGAACCUUGCUGGUUGCUGGCACCUCGGUGAAACCUUAAGAGCCAAUGUAUGUAUGUAGUUGAAUUCGAGGUUGCAAACGUAGUUCGAACUACUCUUGAAGGACUCGUGUGAGUGGCGUGGUCAUAUGCAUGUUUCAGCGAGUGGACAGUAAAAGGAUUCAUUGGAAGGACCCUCGGACUGUAUGAGAUGAAUUCAGUGUAGGUGUAGCUGUAAUUGCACGAUGCCGCUCACCGGCAGCAGGUCUAUGACUCUAUGUGGCAGUUCCGCAAGAAAAAGAGAGCAUCAAAGAUGAGGUCUCUUCU